AUGAUGGCCUCGUUGGACUCGGAGACCUGCAUGAUCGUGUUUAAAAACCACUGGGCUCAGGUGGUGAAGAUCUUGGAGAAACAUGAGCCCGGUCGUAGCGGCAGCGGGCUGAGUUUCCUGUCGGCUCCUGUCAGCGCGGACCGCUGCGUCUGGGCCCCCAUCCCUCCUGAUGAGGCCAGCGCUGUGCAGAACAACGUAGAACACAUGCUGUUCCUGUUGAUGGAGGAAGAGGCGGGACAAGGAGGUGCGAUGGGUCCCAUCUUGGAGUUCGUGGUGCUGGAGGGUGUGAUGGAGCGUCUGUUCCUGUGGAGCCUGAGGAGACAGUUCACUGAAGACAUGAAGCUGGAGCAGCUCAGGAUGUAUCAGAUGCUGUUAUCUCAGGCCAGACAGCCUCUGCUGCACCACAAACCUGUCCUCAGACCACUCAUGAUGCUGCUGGCCUCCUGCGCUGGAGCUGGAGGCGGAGCCGACAGCGGUGGUGAGGUGGAGGCGGAGCUGGUCCUGCUGCUGAACCAGCUGUGUGGCCUGGUCAAAGAUCCGUCAGUCCUGGAGCUGUUCUUCCACACCAGCCAGGACCAGGGAGCUGCCAACUUCCUGCUCUUCUCUUUGCUGAUACCGUACACACACAGACAGGGUUCAGUGGGUCAACAGGCCAGAGACGCUCUGCUGCUCAUCAUGUCUCUGUCAGCGUCGGAGCCUCGAGUCGCUCAGCACAUCGCCCAGAACACAUACUUCUGUCCUGUGUUGGCCACAGGUCUGUCAGGUCUGUACUCGUCUCUUCCUGCCAAGUUACAGGUUUACAGCGAAGACUGGCACUGUCUGGACCAGGCCGACUGGCAGCAGGUCCCGGCUCUGGUCCACUUCCUGCACUCACUGGACUUCUGUAGCGCUGUUACCAAGGUCACUCAUCCCUCCAUCCGCUCUCAGCUGCUGGGUUACAUCUACAACGGGUUCCUGGUGCCUGUGAUGGCUCCUGCUCUGCACAAGCUGACGGUGGAGGAGGUGAUGACCACCACGGCCUACCUGGACCUGUUCCUGCGCUCCAUCACAGAACCGGCUCUGCUCCAGACCUUCCUGUCCUUCAUCCUGCUGCACACACAUGACAACGUGCACAUCCUGGACACGCUGGUCAGCAGAGUCAACACACCUUUCCAGCUGGGUACGGUGUCUCUGGCUCUGUUCAGGACUCUGAUCGGCCUCUUCUGUGAAGACGUCAUGCUGCAGCUGGUGUUCAGGUAUCUGAUCCCCUGCUUCCACCUGAGUCCAGGCCAGCGCUCCUCUCUGAACCACACAGACUGGUACUCCUCCAGCGCCGCCUCCUUCCUGCGGCUCACGCCCUCCUGGUGCUCCGCCGACGCCCACCGUUGGCUGUUCCCCACCGAGCACAUCCACUGGCCUAAAGGAGCAGAUCUGUCGGACAGCGUCGCCUACCGUCGGGGCUCAGACUUUCUGAUGGACGUAAACUACCUCCACUACCUGUGGGACGCCCGCCAGGCCAUCUGCACCUCCCACAGGUCAGCCACAACUUCAAGUGUGUCUGAGCAACUUACAACCAGAUGA